AACAGAUUCACUAUCACACAUGCCCCCUAGAGAAAGCGUCUUCCAGUUUUCGCUCAUUUUCUAUUUAUCCAAAAACGAAGCAUUAUGCGGAGUCGCUAAACUAUGGACCCUGUCAAGACUAGAUUCCUAAUUAUCUCCGAUACCCAUGGCAAAGAUGUACCCCUCGCCCGCACGAUUCGAGAAAUCGACGUAGUCAUCCACUGCGGGGACCUUACAGAAGAAUCCAGACUCGACGAAUACAAAGCCAGUCUAAAGCUCCUGACAGCCAUCAAAGCACCCCUCAAGAUCGUCAUCCCAGGAAACCACGACUUCACCUUAGACACGCUGGCAUAUAUAAAGAAAAUCGCAGCCAAAGCCCUCCCCGUAGAUCUGCCACGCGUCAAAGAAGUAUACGGCGUCUUUGGCGAAGCAAAGCGGAUGCUGAAAGCCAAGGAGGCGGAGGGCAUUUUCGUCCUGCAAGACGAAGGUGUCUACGAGUUCCCCCUGGCCAACCACGCGCUCCUGACCGUCUUCGCAAGCCCGUACACGCCCUCAUCCCAGCCCCUCCGCGGCGUCGGCGGCGGCUUCGAGUAUCCCGCGCGCCAGCACGAGUUCGCCAUUUCCCGCCCCGUAGACGUAGCCAUCACCCACGGGCCGCCGCACGGGGUCCUGGACGCGCCGGACGCAAACGCGGACCCGGCUCCGAGCGGCUGUCCGGAACUAUUCGACGCGAUCGCGCGCGCGCGGCCGAAGUUGCACUGCUUCGGCCGCGUGCACGAGCAGUGGGGCGCGGAGCUCGUGACGUGGAGGGAAGAGCGCCGGGGAGCUCAGGAGGAACUUACGCGCGAUAACGCGGUCGAUGGGGAGCUGAGUGCGGUUGUGAAGAGCUUGGCUGAUAUGCGGAUUAGUGUUGCUGAUUUGAAGGAUGAGGGUCAGGGGAAGGUGAGGGAGAGGAAGAGGUGCGAACGGAGGGGUUAUGUGCUUGCGAGCCUUGCGAGAGGUGGUGAGGGUGGUGAGAGGGAUGGGGCCCAGACGCUGUUUGUUAAUGCGGCGAUUGAGGGGCGGACGAGUGGCGGGAGGGAUAUGCCUAGGCAUUUGCCGUGGGUUGUGGAGAUCGAUUUGCCGCGGAGGAUUCCCGGGGAAAGGGGCGGCGGGCUGGGCCGGAGGAUCGGAGGCUGA